UACCCGUGCACAGCCUGUGAAUGCAAUCUGUCAACCAAUCGCAGCGCAGGAGGAGCGCUACUACUGACCAAUCCUCGCUCAGGAGGGCGGGACAUUUGCGAAGACGGGCGGGAAAAAAACAUUCCGCCGGUUCUGCAAUUAGUGGCGCUUCUGUAGCGCUGUUUAGUGGAUCUGUCGAACCGGUCUGGACUGAGUCAAUGACUGAGCGGGUUCUGCUGCUUCGUGUGUGUGUGUGUGUGUCUGUGUGUGUUUAUGAGAGUGUGUGUGUGUGAGUGUGUGAGCGUGUGAGGGGGGACUCUCCAUCUCCCGUGAACUCCUUUUCUCCGUCUAAAUUCGUCAAAGGCUCUAUUUCCAGGACAGCAUGCACCCUUCUUCAUUCCUGUCAUUGUGGCUCGAGGCUGAUCUGAAUUCAGCGGUCAGAAGGUGACCACCUCAGUGCUUCAGCCCUUCGGCUCUGCACGAAUAUGCCUGGAUUGCAUGAUGGACUCCAACAGUGCAGAGCCUGGCCAAUAUGUGCCCUCCAGCACCCUGGGACCACCACUUUACCACCCACAGUCCUCUGCAUGGCCACUGCUUCAGAGCACGGAUGACUCCAACACCUCUUUCCUGCAGGGUGCUCUGAACCUCAGUGCUGUUUACGGAAUCAACGGAAGCGAUCCCAAAAUCGAAAGCCGCACGUAUGACCCUUUGGGCGGUCACUCGCUAUGGCAGGUCAUCCUCAUCGUCCUCUUCACUGGACUGCUCUCGCUUAUCACCAUCAUUGGCAACAUUCUGGUCAUGGUGUCUUUUAAGGUCAACCGGCAGCUCAAAACUGUCAAUAACUACUUCCUGCUCAGUCUGGCCUUCGCCGACCUCAUCAUCGGGGUCAUAUCCAUGAACCUGUACACAGCCUAUAUAGUGAUGGGGCAGUGGGCCAUGGGCAACUGGGCGUGUGAUCUCUGGCUAGCUAUAGACUAUGUGGCCAGUAAUGCGUCCGUCAUGAACUUGCUGGUGAUCAGCUUCGAUCGGUACUUUUCCAUCACACGGCCGCUGACGUACCGUGCCAAACGCACCACCAAGCGGGCGGGGGCGAUGAUCGGACUGGCUUGGCUCGUGUCGCUGAUGCUCUGGGCGCCGGCAAUCUUGUUUUGGCAGUACUUUGUCGGGGAGAGGACGGUUCCGCCCGAUAAGUGCUAUAUCCAAUUCCUGUCAGAGCCGAUUAUUACCUUCUGUACAGCAAUGGCAGCCUUUUACCUGCCUGUAACUAUUAUGAGUGUGCUGUACUGGAGGAUUUAUAAAGAGACUGAGAAUCGUUCCCGAGAGCUGGCAGGUCUUCAAGGCUCAGGAGGACGACUAGGAGUUCCAGAGAGACCGCAUUUCCACCUUCAUGCCACGAGAGGAAGCUCUAGGAGCUGCAGCAGUUUCGAGCUGGGACGUUCCGCCCAGAGACGCAGUUCCUUGCUCACUGGCCGCUUCCGCUGUUGGAAGUGGAGGCCUGGUGGAGCAGGGGCGGUUGGAACCCACAGCAAGGGAGAGGACCAGAGCAGCUGUGACAGCUGGAACAACAACGAUGCGGGACUUUCCGCCGAUCAUUCUGGCUCCUCCGACGAGGAAGAAAAUGCACCGUCAGCUGCCCGUGCCAUCUUCUCAAUCGUCCUCAACUUGCCUGGCAUGAGAGCCGCCGUGACUUCCCAGGUCACCUCCUGUGAAGACUUGGACGCCGCUUCUGAAGAAGACCCGCUUCGAGGAAGCAGAGAGGAUGACAAGAGCGAUAGUCUUUCCCGCUCGGUCAGCAACGGCAACAAGCGCUUCGCCACCAACAUCGCCAAAGUGCAGUCCAUGCCUGCCAUCGAGGCUUCAACCACUAGCAUAGACCCAGCCGCCGCCACCGCCAUGAAAUCCCCGUCCGCGCCUAUAACUUUCAAAGAGGCGGCACUCGCAAAGCGCUUCGCUGCUCGGGCGCGGACGCAGAUCACCAAAAGGAAGCGCAUGUCGCUGAUUAAAGAGAAGAAAGCUGCCCAGACGCUUAGCGCCAUCCUCUUCGCUUUCAUCAUCACAUGGACGCCUUACAACAUCAUGGUGCUUGUGAACACUUUCUGCAAUGGCUGCAUUCCAGAGUCCCUGUGGGCCCUUGGGUACUGGCUGUGCUAUGUGAACAGCACCGUCAACCCAAUGUGUUACGCACUGUGCAACAAGACCUUCCGGCGCACAUUCAAGAUGAUCCUGCUUUGCCGCUGGAAUGAGCAAAAGAGCAAGCAAAGCUUUCUCCAGAGACAGUCAGUUCGCUUCCACAGGAGCAUACCAAGAGACUCCACAUAGCACAUCCGUGGUUCAAGUAUGACCUGUACGACCAACCUGUGGGUUUAGUCAGUAAGUGGAAUCCCACAGAGGCGGUUUAGAGACUCCGCAAGGUUCAAGUUUACUUUGGCGCAAAGGUUGAUCAGUGUCUGCAGUUUCAGAACAAACGGUUUGGGUUUUUGAACCAGUGUUCUACCUUCAGGUUGUUUCUUAGUCGUGUGUGAAAUGUAUAAAGGAAUAAAGGAAAAGGGCUUUGGGCUUUAACUUUGGACUUUGCCUUGAACAAGUGCAAUUGUCGUGCAAAAGUUCCCUCCCGCAGAAGACAAGGACAAGUACCUCCGUUGGGUGAACGCCUUGGAUGAACUUGUGGUUUGAAAGCAGCUGCUCAGUAUCUUUUUAUUUUAAUCGUCUAAGAAAUACUAUGAGAAAUCUGAACAGUUUCAAAUAGAAGAAAACUCAAGAAAACGGAAUCUAUGAAUCUCUUUCACUGAACAAAAUGUAAAUUUCAGGGUUUGGAAAUUUUCAUUGGACUUUAUUCUUGAAAAUAAACAUAACACGAACAUUAAUUGAAUCCUAAUUCUGAUGCAGAGUUAAAACGAUUUACGGUGUAAAUGGUGUAAACAACUACAGUUGAAGUGAUUUAUUCGUAACUAAACUUUGGCUGUUUUUUUUUUUUUUUUUUUUUCUGUGAACGUGUUGCAACAAAGGUCUUACAUGUCUGUAAGAUGUGGGUAUAUGAAUGUCCUUCUGUAUAAUGUAAACAGAAACACAAGUUGAACAGAUCCUACCCUUUGCUGUUGGGUGGGUGAAGGACUUUUUGACUAUUUCUCCCUCUGAACUCUGCUCUGGUAGGCCAUGAGUGCUGUUUACAUGAUUUUGUUACAAGUGCUACAAGUAUUUCAAUAGCUGUUCUUGCGGUAUUGAGUGCGUAUUGGCGAUUCCGUUGUUUGUACUUUAUGGGGCUACCUUGUGCUUGCUUGAACACUGAACACAAGGGGCCUAUUGGGGAAAUAUUUUGUAAUAUUAUCUCUAGCAGUGUGUGAUGAUGACGUAUUUAAAAAGAUGUUGAUAAUGCAGAUAUGUUGGUGUUGUGGGUCCAGAUUUGGUUUGGUUCGCUUUGUUGUGGAUCUCUUUGCUCAGCGCUUUUCUUGGCCCUUUAUCUCUUAAAGCUUUUUUUUUAUUAUUAUUAUUUUGCUUAAUUUUUUUCUUUAGCAAAAAUUACACUUCAUUUUGCAUUUUUAGUAUUUGGAAUAUUCGUUUUGAUGUAUUUUAGCAGUUAAACAAGAUCAAACCUAUUGGUUGUAUUCAGAUUCAGCCCAGAAAGAAAAAUAACGUCUUCUUCUCUGGCAGUGUAAUAUAAAUGGAGCAGCAGCGCCCUCUGCUGGACACAACGUGAACUUACACAUCAGAUUUAAAAUACUAUAAAUACAUUUUACAGAGCCAGACUCCAGAACACAGAUUUAACAUAUUUCUAAACUCCUAAAAUAAGUGGAUAGUUAAACAGCCUACAGCUCUUGAAAAAAAUAAGAGAUCACUUCAGUUUCUGAAUCAGUUUCUCUGAUUUUGCUAUUUAUAGGUAUAUGUUUGAGUAUAAUAACAUUCUUGUUUUAUUCUAUAAACUACAGACAACAUUUCUCCCAAAUUCCAAAUAAAAAUAUUGUCAUUUAGAGCAUUUAUUUGCAGAAAAUGUGAAAUUGCUGAAAUAACACAAAAUUAAAAAAUGCAAAGCUUUCUUAUUCAUAACAUUUUAAGAGUUCAGAAAUUAAUAUUUGGUGGAAUAAUCCUGUUUUUUAAUCACAGUUUUCAUGCACCUUGGCGUGUUUUCUCCUCCACCAGUCUUACACACUGCUUUUGGAUAACUUUAUGUCACUCCUGGUGCAAAAAUUUAAGCAUUCAGCUUGGUGUGAUGACUUGUGAUCAUCCAUCUUCCUCUUGAUUAUAUUCCAGAGGUUUUCAAUUUGGUAAAAUCAAGGAAAAACAUCAUUAUUAAGUGGUCUUCCAUUUUUAUCCAGAGCUGUACAUUUAGUAGAUUAUAUAUAU